AUGUUGGCUCCCCUCCGCAACACUGUGCUCCAGCGUGCCGCCGCUGGUCCCUCGAUGAGCUACGCUCUUCGCCAGGGCGCUCUCCGCUCGCUUGCUACGCAUGCGCCUGGUCCCAUCACCUACACUGAGGCUCCUGCGUCCAAGCCUGCUACACUUCACCUCAAGUCUGGCCACUCUUUCAUCGGUCGCUCCUUUGGUGCUCCUCGCAGCGUCUUUGGUGAGACCGUUUUCACCACCUCGAUCACUUCGUACACCGAGUCACUCACCGACCCUUCCUACCAGGGUCAGAUCCUCACCUUCACACAGCCUCUGAUGGGUAACUACGGUGUUCCCGACAACGGAUGUGGUCAAUCUCCUGUCGAGCACCCUGCCGAUGUUGACGUCGGUGCUUUCCUCGAGUCCAACAAGGUGCAGGCCGCCGGUGUCAUCGUCUCGAACCUUGCCGAGCGCUUCUCCCACUAUCUCGCCAAGGAGUCACUUGCUACCUGGUGCGCCCGUCACAACGUUCCCGGUCUCUUCGGCGUCGACACUCGUGCCAUCACAUCGCUCCUUCGAGACCAGGGAUCCACCCUUGGUGCCAUCCUCGUCGGCGAUGGCCACGACAAGGCUCCCGCUAAUAGCGACUACAUCGACCCCAUGGCUGAGAACCUCAUCGCCAAGGUCUCUACCAAGGAGCCCUACGUUCUUCACCCUGUUGGCGGCGCUAAGGCUGCCCGCUGCCACGUUGCCUUGAUGGACUUUGGCUGCAAGGCCAACAUUCUCCGUUCGCUUCUUCGUCGCGGUGCCUCGAUCACUGUUCUCCCCUGGAACUACGACUUCAACAAGGUGCGUAACGGCUUCGACGGACUCUUCCUUUCCAAUGGACCUGGUUCGCCUUACUCUAUUGAGCCUGCUCUCGACAUGGCUCGAGCAGCCAUCUCGGAGUGGGACCGCCCUAUCUUUGGCAUCUGCAUGGGUAACCAAGUGAUCGGCAUUGCUGCUGGUGUCGAGGCCUACCGCAUGAAGUUCGGUAACCGUGGUCACAACCAGCCUGUGGUUGCUCUCAAGUCGGCCGGCAACUUUGUCAAGCGCGGUCGUGUCUACAUCACCUCGCAGAACCACGGUUUCGCGUUGACUCCAGAUGAGAGCAAGUGGCCCGAGGGAUGGCAGCCUUGGUUCGUCAACGCCAACGAUUCGUCGGUUGAAGGCAUCAUCCGCACUCAGCUGAGCGAACAGCGUGCUAUGGUUUGGGGAGUCCAGUUCCACCCCGAGCACGCUGGUGGACCCGAGGACACCAACGGGAUCUUCGAGGACUUUGUCGAGGAGGUGGUCCGCAUCAAGGGUCAGCAGGGCAGGAGCGAAGCUGGCAAGGGUCUCCCUGAGGACAUCACUGUCAAGGAGGGUGCGCCUGCGUUCCCCAUAAACGACUUCGGAGUCGUUGGCCAGAAGCCUGCUCAUCUCUGA